CCUCUGCCCGCGGCGGGAGGCGGCGUGUGGGCCUCUUGCGGGCCUGGGCUUCUGCGCGGCGGCGGCGCGGACGCCGGGUUCGACAUGGCCAGUUGGGUGUUCUGUAAUCGCUGCUUCCAGCCGCCGCACCGGACGUCGUGCUUCAGCCUGACCAACUGCGGCCACGUGUACUGUGACGUCUGCCUGGACAAAGGUAGAAAGGGCGAGUGCUUGAUUUGUAAAGUGCCUUGUCGCACACUUUUACUUUCAGAACACACGGACGCGGACAUCCGGGCGCUGUUCGCGGGUAUAGACGACCUGUGUAGGAAGUACUCGAAGGAGACCUUCCAGGUUUCAGAAUUUCAAGAAAAGCACAGAAGGAGACUGUUGGCCUUCUAUAGAGAAAAGAUCUCAAAGCUGGAAGAGUCCCUUCGGAAGUCAGUGCUGCGGUUGGAACAGCUGCAGGGGCGCGUCCCAGGUGGUGGUUCUCCCGCACCUGACUCCUCGGGGUCCAGAUCUGCCUGUUCUGCCCGGCCUGGGCCAGGGGGGUUCGUCCCGUCCCGCGGGCGGGCUCCGCACACGUUCCCCGGGGGAGCGCCCCUCCCAGACGGCAUCUGCCAGUCCCCCCCCUCCCCGCCAGAGCAGGAGGAGCCCAGUAUGAGAUUGUCACAGCAGACAGCUUUCAGCACAAUAAAAACUCCAGUUUCGACUCCUUCGGCCCGGCCAGGCGGGCACCUCCGGCCCCCUGACUCGUCAGCCUCCAACAGGGUGGAGUCCAUGCAGGUCGACCUCACUCCUUCCCCAGCGAGAAAACCUGAGGUCACGGCUGGCCCGGCAAGAAUCUCUCUGAUCAGCCCGCCUCAUGAUGGACGCAUGGGAAUUAGGCCGCGCACCCAUCGCAACGUACUUGACGUGAAAGCUGACUUAACUGUGGUGAGAUUCAGCAACACUGUCCCCCGACACCCCUCCCCUGCUGCGUGCCGUCUCGUUGACGUAUAACCACGUGUGCUGUGUGGACGCAUACGGCAUCCACAGGUGUUACCCAGGAACACGGCACGCGAAUGAUUUUAAACUCCCAUUGCUUGAGGGUCUUGAGACAAAGGCACACGUACACACCCUUUACUUGACCACCUCCGGGGCUUCGUUACUGGCCACUCUCCUUUCCCUUCGGCCUGAAGCGCGCUGUCGUCGUAGGGCAGGGCAGCUGGCGGUGGGUUCUCCCGGUCUCUGUCCACGUCUGAGUGGCUUCACUUCGUGUGCAUCUCGGAGGCUCGCUUCCCUGGACGUGGCUCCGUGGGCCGCCGCUUCCAGCCCGUGGAGGUUCCUGCUGCCGCCCGGCGAGAAGUCGGCCGUGAGUCAUGCUGCCCUGGGCCGCCCUGGUUUCCUCCUCGAGCGGGGAGCCCUCCGGCCUUGUCGUCUUAAGACGAUCUCGUCUCUCAUGCGGGAGCCGGCUCGGCACCGCCCGCCCCCGGCUGUCCCCACCUCGCUGUGCCACCACCCGGUCCACGUGUGGGUGCCGGCUGCCCCCGUGGGCUGGCCGUG